AAUGACGCGCCCGGCGUGGCGUAAUCGGCGUGCGCAGCUGCCUUUCGGUGUUUUGGUCCCCGCUCUGGGGCCGAGGGGGAGGCGUGCUGUGCAGUUGGCCGGGAUGUUUCCGGCUCUUGGAGCUGAGGAUGAAGAAGAGGAGCAGGCGGAGGAGGACUGUCCUGAAUUGGUCCCCAUUGGGACGAAGCUAAGAGAGGAGGAGGAAAAGUCUGGCCCCGGCGCUAAGAUCCCAGUCACAAUUAUCACCGGGUAUUUAGGUGCUGGGAAGACAACACUUCUGAACUAUAUUUUGACAGAGCAACAUAGUAAAAGAGUAGCUGUUAUUUUAAAUGAAUUUGGGGAAGGAAGUGCCGUGGAGAAAUCUUUAGCCGUCAGCCAGGGUGGAGAGCUGUAUGAAGAGUGGCUGGAACUUAGAAAUGGUUGCCUCUGCUGUUCAGUAAAGGACAAUGGCCUUAGAGCUAUUGAGAAUUUGAUGCAGAAGAAGGGGAAAUUUGAUUACAUACUAUUAGAGACCACUGGGUUAGCAGAUCCUGGUGCUGUAGCCUCUAUGUUUUGGGUUGAUGCUGAAUUAGGGGUCGACAUUUAUCUUGAUGGUAUCAUAACUGUGGUGGAUUCAAAAUAUGGAUUAAAACAUUUAGAAGAAGAAAAACCUGAUGGCCUUAUCAAUGAAGCUUCUAGGCAAGUUGCUUUGGCAGAUAUUAUCAUCAUUAAUAAAACAGACUUGAUUUCAGAAGAGGAUUUAAAGAAAUUAAGAACAACCAUUAGAUCAAUAAAUGGACUGGGAAAAAUUUUAGAAACACAAAGAUCAAGAGUUGAUCUCUCUAAUGUGUUAGAUCUUCAUGCCUUUGACAGUCUUUCUGGAAUAAGUUUGCAGAAAAAACUUCAACAUGUGCCAACAACACAGCCUCACCUAGAUCAGAGCGUUCUUACAGUGACAUUUGAAGUACCAGGAAAUGCAAAGGAAGAAAGUCUGAACGUAUUUAUUCAGAAUCUUCUGUGGGAGAAGAAUGUGAGGAACAAGGAUGGUGACUGCAUGGAGGUCAUACGGCUAAAGGGGCUGGUGUCGAUCAAAGACAAACUGAAACAGGUGAUUGUCCAAGGUGUCCAUGAGCUCUAUGACCUGGAGGAGACCCCACUGAGCUGGAAAGAUGACACAGAGAGAACAAAUCGAUUGGUUCUUAUUGGCAGGAAUUUAGAUAAGGAGAUCCUUAAACAACUAUUUAUAGCUACUGUGACUGAAACAGAAAAGCGGUGGACGGCACAUUUCAAAGAAGAUCAAGUUUGUCCAUAACACUAGAAGCAUUUCUAACCAAAGGGACUGGGUGAUAAAUCGGGAAUAAGUUUCCUACUGGUUAUAUGUCAAGCAUCUGUUCUUUGUGUUACUUCUGUUAUGAAUUCCAGUGUACUUUAGUGUUUAUUUAAUGGAACACGUAAAAUUUAGUAGAUAAGUACUAUAAAACAUUUGACAUUCAUACAAUAAAACGUAAUACCCUCUGAA